UCUCAUCAAGCCCUCUCCAUAAGACUCAUUCUUCCUUCGAAGAUGAACUCAGACGAGUUGAUGCCCGAUUCGGCUGCGGCUACCAUUCCCGCCAACAAUAGCAUCGGCAAUGGUAACAGCAGCGCUGCAGUUACAUGGAAUACCAAAAAGUUCAGGGACGACUAUGAUAUGCUCAAGAUAAGAUUAAGUGAUCAGAGAUUCAGCUCAACCAACUUCAGAGACCCUCUUAUGCCUUGUCCUCCCCAUCAUAGGCAAUACCCGGGACAUAACACACCUGCAGUAGAGAAGCGUCUGAAGGAGUUAAUAACCAGGAUUAAAGGUAGCCUUGGUGGUGAUUUUAGGUGAUACAUGCCUACUUAGGUAUCACAGGAGCACUGAGAAAUGGAAAAGGAUUACUCUGUUUAUGUUUUGGAAAC